AUGUUUCGGUUCUGGAGUUCCGAUUCACGGGGAAGCGACAAGACCAUCCAUGGGUCGCCAGCUCGCGCCUUUGGUUCGCCCAGCAGCAAGUCGUCAGUCGCAUGCGAUCCGGCGUCGCAGGCAGUGCCUAUGGACGACUGCCCUCGCAAACGGCUGCAUCGUGACGUCGAGACCGACGACGACGACGACGAUGUCGACGACGCCAUGAGCUAUGCUGCAUCGGCAAAGCGCCGCAGGACCGGCUCCGAGGCGUUGGCCACGGAGCCAUCCUCCACCAGUUCACAAAGUCCUUCCUGUUCGACGGCGGCCGAUCCCAGUGCCGCCGAGAGAGCCAGAGACCUGAUCCAAGCCGAAUUCUGCCAGGAGAUCCUGCUCAAGCACCAGGAGCUAAGACUAAUCAACCAAGAGCUAGCCAAGUGUCAGAUUGCGCUUGAGCAACUGCGACGAUGCCAUCUCAUCCCGUAUCCUGUGAACUGUCCCACUCCUCAACAAAUGCUAGACGUUAGCGACGGAAAGGGCCCUGCAGUAGUGGCCAAGGCGGGCGAUGUUGUUCCUCGCUGGGCGCCUCCUUUUGGCGUCGUCGACGGACCUUACUCUCGGCACUAUGCCAAGUGGCUCAUACCCGAUCCAGCCUUUGACGGCAUCCAGCCAGAGUUGCCGCCAGUCACUGCACGUGGUUCCAUCUCAGAGGGAAGGACGACCAGGAAUAGUAAUGGUGAGGUUGGAGUUGGCAUGCUCAAGGGCCGGCGAGGCAACGGCAGCCAGAAGUUUGAGUCUCUGUCCAGCGGCUACCCCCCUCCCAAAGACAAGGCAGGCCCGUGUGUGCUGACCCGGGCGGACGGCCAAACGGUCAAGCUGGUCUGCCUGGACUGCCAUCGAGACAACUUCUCGAGCACCCAGGGCUUCAUCAACCAUUGCCGCAUAGCACACAAGCGUGACUUCAAGAGCCAUGAGGAGGCCGCCGUUCACUGUGGCCAGCCUUACGAGGCUCCCGAGGGGGGUAACAUCCCCAAGGACAACAACAAGGCUACGGCCCCCGCCGCAUCUUCGGUUUCGACUACCGCAACCACCGCGUCGCCCUUCGUGCAUGCCUUUGCGCGUCCCGACAUGACGGAGCAAGAAGUCUUCAAGUCGCUUCGGAUGAGAAUUUCCGACUCGCUGAAGCUAUACAACCAGGGCAAGCUGUCGGUUGUCAAGUUCCCCAGCAACAUUAACGCUGUCGCGUAUCCCGGCAAGGCAUCGGCUUCGGCUUCGGCACGAGCAUCAGCACCGGACUGUGGCCCGUCAGCCGAUGCGCCGCAUUUGGCGCGUCUCUUGAAGGCUCGCAACUUCCGGGGCAACUUCCAGGAUGUCGUUGCCGACGCAAAGGCAAAGAUCUCAAUCGAAGAUGUUGCCGGAGACGAGUCAGAAGUCGAUGGCUCAGUAUCCCCCACGCAGGACGCACCGCCGGCCCGGGCGUCGGUUGUUAUGCGCAUGCCCGCCAGAACCGCAAAGACUCCUGUUUCCACUGGCUCCUCUGCCCGGCCGACGAGCAGCAAGGGCCGUGCCGCUCACAUGGUCUUGGCUUCGCCAUCGGAUUCUGACAUGGCCACAAUGGCCAACAGGCACCGGUCUGACGCGGCCCUAUCGGACGAGGACGUGGACAUGGAGGAUGCGGAAAUGAGCCCCAACACGCUCGUCAGCAAUAAUGCGCCUUCGCUUGUUAGUGACGACGGAGAGUAUGACGACUCCGACGAAGGCUCUUCUGUUUCCGGGGCAAGUGACCAGCUGGAGGCGGAAUCCGUCUCGGAUGUUGCCGAAAUCACCCUGGAUUAUGAGACAGACCCGCGAACACUUCGCCGAGAAUCGACGGGCAUGACAGGACCCGUGCGGCUGCGCAAAGAGGCGGCCAAGCAGGUCACCUUUAUUGGCCCCGUCAAAAGCAGUGCCCAAGAGAGACGGCACCGGAAGGCCUAA